CUAUUCGCUCUUCUGCGGCGAAGAAUCCAGAGCUCUCAAGAAGUGCAGGUUUGGAGCAUCAACAACUACAGUUCAAGAAGAGCUUCCGCCCGCCUUCAGAACCGAGUGCGGAGGAACAACCAUCAACUACCAACUUUUCUCUACUCCCACAUCAGUACAAGUCGACAAGACAGCAGAAAGAACGAAACAAAAAAUUCCUCUUUUGUCUACAAGUGUUGGUAGUGCCAGUUCUUCUCACCAUCACCCUAAUCCCUCAGGGACCACAGCUGAAAGUAACUUCUUCAAUCCUAUACUCCAACAAGACGCAGCCCGAGACUAUGGAUCAGGGCCCAACAUUCCGCGCUAUUUUGACGCCACCGUCACAAAAACGAAGACCAGCACAGAAGAAGAAAUCAAUCAGCAAGCAACACGUCUUGCAUCUUGGUUGAUCGCAACUGAAGCACAAUCUAGGUUGGAAAACAAGGAGAUUUUUGGAAAAAUGCAGCCUCAUCUUCAAAUCACUUAUGCGGGAAAGAAUUUCGCUUUCUCACAUAAGCUGCUGAAAUCAGCGGUCGAAAUAGCUAGCACCUCCGACAGAGGCAUUAGCGAUAACGCAGACACAAUCUUAAAAUGGAAAGAUAAGCUAGUUGCCGGCAUAACCAUGGAAGGCGAAGUCGAGCCAUCAGGUUUUUGGCGUCUUCUGCCAGAAGACAAGAUCGAGGCACAAAGAGCGCUGGCAGCUGAAGCGGCCAGUCGGGAAAAACUGCCACCUGAAGAUGACCACUGGGCUGAUGAAGAGGAUAUUGUUAAGCUGUGGGAGCAAAAAGAAAAAAUGCAGAAGAAAGGUUUGUGGCUACCAAUGGCUAGUAGUGCGCUUACACACCUUGGAGGAGCCAAGCCUUUCCCAGUGCACCAGCCCACACUGGAAAAUCCAAAUAAAAUGCGGUGCUGCGUAGACCUGAGAGGCCAGAAUCGAAUGCAAGUAGUCAAAGAAAAAAUGCGCCUGUUGGGAGCACGAGCUGCAAUUGAAUUGACAGCCGCUUGCGUGUCCACAUCGACGAACUGGAAGAAGCGCCCUCUCAUGCUGCAGACCAAACAUGACGUGAAGGAAGACGUAGAGAUUGAGAAGAGGCUUCGCAGCCGUCUGGAAAAAAAACCAAUCUCAACUACAAGAUGA